AUGAAUAAUAAUAACAAUAAUAAUAAUAAUAAGAAUGUUUCAUUGACAUCAUCAGAAUCAUUUAUAUUUAAUGAUUUAGGUGAUACACAUGAAACUUUAGAUGAUGCUAUUAAUAGUACACCUGUAUUAUCACUUGUAAAUAGUACUGAAGGUACAAAUAAUACUAGUAGUAGUCAACAACCUGAAACUAUUAUAGCUGCUACAACUAGUACAACAACUACAACAAUAGAACAAGAACAAGAACAAGAACAAGAAGAAGAAGAAGAAGAAGUAGAACAAGAAGAUGAUGAUGAUGAUGAAAGAGAAGAUGAAUUUGAAGAGGAUGAUGAACAAGAUGAUGAUAUUGAUAUUCAUCCUACUACAGUCAAUGUUAUUAAAGAAGAAGAAGAACAAAUACAACAACUAUCACAACAAAAAGAAAAAGAAGAAAUAGAUAAUCCAUUUCAAUUGGAUAAUAGAAAAAGUAGAGAAUUAUAUAAAACAAAGAUAUUAGAGAAACAAAAAAGUUUGGAUAAUAUUCCAAGUUAUUAUUCCAACAAGAUACUCUAUGACAAGAGACAUAUUUUCAUUAAAAAGUUGGUCAAUCGUGUAUUUUCAACUUUAAAAUCGGCUACUUCAGAAGACUUAUUGGCAUCUCAAAAGAAUAAGAUUCUAAAGGAAUUAUUUCGUAAUUUAUCCUCUGAAUUGGAUGAUUCUGUUUUAGAAUAUUUACAAUGUGAUGAAUUUAAACAAGGAUCACCAAUUAAAGGAAUACCUUAUAAUAAUAAUAUUAAGGAUAAUCAAAUGUUUGCAUCAUUUUCACCAUUACAACUUUCAGAAACCAAUAGAUCACUUGAAAUUCCACCAAGGAUUACAUUGGUCAAUGAACAAUCAAAUUCACCAAUGGAUGUUCGUCAUGCAAACGAUCCAAUACAUUUGGAAAUUGAAAAGAAAUCUUAUACCUUUGAUUAUCCAAUACUAGAUGACAAGGAACAACCAAUCAUUUAUUAUUAUCAAUUGGCUUCUCUCUAUCUAUACCAUAUACCAAAUGAAGUUGAUAAACAUCGUCAUCUUUUCCUUACCCUCUAUAAUAAUCAUUGGUUCUUUUUAAUAUUUUCAAGUUUAUUUUAUCUUUGGUUGCUAGAAUAUAGAUUAUCAUUAAUACCACAAGUAAAUGUAUUUAUAAAAGCAACAAAUAGAUUAUUUUGGCAUGAUAAUGAUUGUAAUUAUCAAAGAUUUAAAGAGGUUUAUAUGGUUAUUAAAAGUAAAUUGUUGGAUGGAUCACUAUGGUCAGGUUUAAAUGAAGCAAAUGAAGAGAAUUCCCACGAUCCAAAUGGUAUACUAUCUAGAAAUCGUCGUCUUUGGGUUGACUUUUAUCAUAUUAUCACUGUAUUUUACUUUUACUAUGAAGAUAAUGUCACUGUGGAAUCUUUGGCUCGUUUUAGACAUACUUUGGAACAACACUAUACCAAUUCUGUCAUUGGUGGUAAUGACCCUACUCUAUCUGAACUUUCAAUAGAUGAUAUCUUUGUUCGUGGUGUCAUUAGACAUUUAUAUCAAAUUAAAAGUGAAGAAAUUUUAAUUAAAUAUAUUGAAUAUUGUACUUUUUUUAAAGGCAAUAAACCUGGAUCACCUUGUCAUAUGCCAAGAGAUGUUAGAGUUGCUAGUAGACAGGCUUUGGAUAUACUUUUCCCUCAGGGUAGUUUGUCUCGUCACACUGUCAAUCUUUUCUUUAGACUUUUACAUCCAUACUAUUCAACUGGCUCUAUCGUUCAUUGGAUAAAAGAAACUAUUAAAAAAUAUUUACCUUCUUUUUUUAAUAAUAAUAAUCAAUAA